CUGAGACUGCUCACACAGUCUCUCCAUAUGAAGCUGCCUGGACCUUCCGAGACAGCCUCGGAGGGUGGGGGGAACCGAACCCGACUAUUGUGUCAAACAGAAGAGUUACCAACUUUCUCUCCCUGCGCAUUUAGACUUCAAUGCGUUCUACCACAAGCAAGUGUAGUGGGCUGUACAGACUAGCAUAUUGUCAAUUCGCUCUUAAUUUGAAUGAAGCUCUUUGUCAGCACGUGUUUUCCUAAAGCUGUGUUGCUCCCUAGUGCCAAGUUGCCUGCACUUACUUUUUUUAGUUUGUGUUUUUACCUGUUUGUAAACGAGGCAAUAACAUCAAACUUAGCCACAUCUUUCGAUCUCUACUAUUACCGACAUGUUUGGUAUUGCACAGAGGAAAACACAGCGACGAUAAAACUGUUUUUCUAAACCGAGCUGUCAGGCGGCUUAUUUUCUGACGACAGUUGAGAAAAGAUUUAUUUUAGAUGUCACGCUGGAGUUUACUAAUGUAUGAGAGCUGGCUGCAGAAGCCCUCCAGAGAGCGUCAUUUUUAUACAAUCAUAUUGGCAAGUUAAAUCUUUUAAUUGCUUCUCUGCUAUACUGGAUUAGAGCCACUACUGUCCUUACCUCUAGUGCUUCGACAAAGAAGAGCUUCGCUGAAAAGGGACUACACUACCCUUUCUAAAACAUCGGCUUUCUAGGACCCGAUUGCUUUGAGCGGAUCAGCUCUGGACAGACUGAGAGAGAGAUAUUUUAAACAAUAAAACACGAACAAACAAAAAACAAACAGCUUUGACAGUUAUGUUUAUUUAUGCAUUGAGGACGACUGCUACCCCGCUUUCAAAUGAAGAGUUGCACUUGCUCCAUCCACAUCGAUUCAAAACAGAAGCAGCUCGUUCACCUGUCAGUGUUGGUUGCAGGUUUUGUUCUCCAGGGCAUCUGAUAUUAAGCCAGUAGCCACGCUUAACAUUUAAUAAAUAAAUAAAUAAAUAAAUAAAUAAAAACCGGAAACGACUUAAGGACAGAAUCUUCAGUAUGGCUAAUGCAGUACCUAAAGUUGGGACUAUCUCUGCUACCUAAAGAAAAAAAAAAAAUCUGUUCUGAAUUUAUACUUCCCAGGCUAAAAAAAAGGACCUCAGAGUUGUUUAAGAUACUGGAAAAAGGGGCUGCGACGACAGGAGAAGAAUCUCAACCAUCUGUCACCAGGCUAACUGAUUAUAUCCUGAUCCUGAAGCAGAGACAUUAAACUCUCUGAGAGUAAAAGAAGGGGUACAAAUUAACAACUGUUACACACUGUAUUGAAAGGUGAACCGAGGUGAAAAGAAUAUUCUGCUUUUGAGUUUGCAGCUCCUGCAAGGAGGACCAUGGGGUCUUUAUGGCAGAGCAAAAAAAAAAAAACUUUCAAUCUAGCAACUCAAGAAACUGUCUUGCUUUCCUAACCAGCUGGAUUCUGUGACCUAUGCACUUUUUCACAGGUGUUAGGCAGCCUACAGCCCUUUACACUCCUAGAUGUCCACAGUAGAAGAAGAUGAUUCUAAGUUUGUCUUGUGAAGCUUGCUUCAAUGCCCUUGAUUUUGGUUAGAGCCCAAACAGCUGGUCGUAUGAGAACUGAACCCCAAGACACAUCAAAUAAAGCCCUACUAACAAAAGAGUUGUAUGUAACAGACAUAUUUCUGACAAAAAUAAAAGACUGAUCUCAAAACAAAUGAUGAAGCAAAACCUGUGUUGCAGUCUGCAUUGUUGCUGUGCUGAAUCUGCUGUGAAAGAGAACAGCAGAUCCAGCACUAAGUGUAUUUUUUAUUGAACUAGAAGUUGUUGUGCUAAAAAUAUAUUGGCGUAAAACAUGAACAUGAAACAUAUUUAGAUUUGGACUUUUGAAAAGCAAUAAUAUAGGUACCAUAAUUGAACACCUAUACUAUUUCCCCAAGAAAUAACUCGAAAUUAAUUUAACUGGGAGGCAUUCAAAAAUUUGUGAAUUGCUUUGUGGUUCAAGUUUUGAUGAUGGCCCAAACCAACCAGUCUGCAGAUAUCUACCUCCAGAUCUUAUCUGCAAACAGCUCACAGAACUUCAGUGACAUGAUUAGCACCUGGGACGAGAACUGCAUCCUGGGGCUGCAGAUCUCUUUGUACAUUAUCUUGGGGAUCAUCACCCUGGCCACGGUCCUGUCCAACAUCUUUGUGAUUAUCACCAUCUUCCUGACUCGUAAACUCCACACUCCAGCUAAUUUCCUCAUAGGCUCCCUGGCAGUGACUGAUCUCCUGGUGUCCAUAUUGGUGAUGCCAAUCAGCAUUGCCUACACUGUGAGCAAGACCUGGUCAUUCGGGCAGAUCAUGUGCGACAUCUGGCUGUCAUCGGACAUCACCUGCUGCACAGCCUCCAUCCUGCACCUUUGUGUCAUUGCUCUUGACCGGUACUGGGCCAUCACGGAUGCCCUUGAGUACUCUAAGAAAAGGACCACCCGUAGAGCGGGGGUCAUGAUCGCUGUGGUCUGGGUGAUCUCCAUCUGCAUUUCCAUACCUCCCCUUUUCUGGAGGCAGGCCAAAGCUCACGAGGAGCUGGCAGACUGCAACGUCAACACCGACCACAUCUUCUACACCAUUUACUCCACAUUUGGGGCCUUCUAUAUCCCCACUGUGCUGCUGAUAAUCCUCUAUGGCAGGAUAUAUGUGGCUGCCAGAUCAAGGAUCUUCAAGCCCCCGUCUUCUUGUGGGAAGCGCUUUACCACAGCCCAGCUGAUAGGUGGAUCUGAUGGGUCCUCGCUCUGCUCCAUUAACUCAAACUCUAACCAAGAUGGCCAGCUACAGCCUGGAGGUUCUCCGAUUUUCAGAAACCACGUCAAGGUCAAGCUGGCAGAUAGUGUGCUGGAGCGGAAGAGGAUCUGUGCGGCUAGAGAGAGGAAAGCCACCAAGACCCUCGGGAUCAUCCUGGGAGCAUUCAUCUUUUGCUGGCUGCCCUUCUUCGUGGUGACCUUGGUAAUAUCUAUCUGCCAGGAGGCCUGUUGGUUCCAUCCAGUGCUCUUUGAUUUCUUCACCUGGCUAGGGUACCUGAACUCCCUCAUCAACCCAGUGAUCUACACGGCUUUCAACGAUGAGUUCAAGCAAGCUUUCCAGAAGCUCAUACGAUUUAAGCAGUGCUAUUAAGCCUCUCUGAACAGCAUUAUUGUUUAUUCUCCAUUCUCAAUUUCAUCUGGUAUAGCAACCAGUGAAGCUUAGCUACUAGUACUGUAUUGUGAAACUGGUGAUCUGUUUAAAGUAUUUUUUGGGGUCAUUGUACAUUUUAGUACACUGAAUCAAAAUGGCUCAUCUUGUAAAGAUCAGAACCUCAAAGCUAUUUCCUGCCUUAAGUGUUUGCAUGUUAAUAGUGUACAUCUAGCAAAAAAUGUCUUGAAUAUGAACGGAUAAGACUUUGUGUUUAAAGAACCAUAAUCAAUCCCUGCCUUAAAAGUUUUGAAAAUGAAAGGGGGGCUUCUGUAGUGCAAACCAAAAACAUUCAAAAAAGCCACUUUGUGGUGGUUCUUAGUCAAGGUUGUUAGAUUAUAUGUAGUUUUUGUUAUAGGUUCUGAUUAACAUAUGUGUUCCUUUUUUUUAACCUGUCCAUGAUGAAAUCACAUGUAACUGUGCAUCAAACAAAAAAUGUAAUUUGUAAAUAGUUAACCAUUGGUAUUACUGUACAUGCGGAUCUCAAUGGGCAAAACAACAUACACAUGGUAAGAUCUCAUUUUCUGUACCUGCAGAAACCAUCAAAGUAUUAUACAUAUUAGACUGUUUAAAUUACGCUUUUACCUUGAAAUAAAGCUCAU